CCCGGGCAUGGCUUCCUCUUCCUCUGCCUCUUCGGCGGCCCCGACAUCGAGCUGGGCAACUUGGCGGAGCACAUGGAGCAUGGAUCAAGAAACGGAAAGGGUGACGUCUUCGGAGAGCUCCGACCACCACCCUUUGCCUUAAUGGUCAGAGGAGACCAGUCCUGCGGCGGCUUCUUGCUCUUCUGGAACAACCUGGGAGACGUGGACUUUGCCACAAGCGGACUCACACAACGAGGAGGGCGAACCCGACCUGGCCUGGAUCGGUGGCACUACCUCAACGGGUCCAUCAGAGUUCGGCAACGAGAACGACUUCGCCGGGAAGCAGGGGACCAACAACCACCACCCAUCCCAGAAGAUGCGACGAUAUCUUUUCAGAUGAGCAAUGAUGAGGCGCAAAUGGAUAGGCAAGAGGUGACAGCUGAGUCCUUCUACGGGAUGAAAUCACAGGCCUGGAACAAUGCCAAUCAUAUGGAUGGGAACUCUACGACUGCGGGGGAAAAUGAGACAGUGUGGGAACCCACCUCUGAGCACUCCUCCACGGAGAACUACACAGGACAGGAGAUCCCACAUGAUGCCGGCCAGUCUCCUGAGUCUGAGGGUGACGGUGCAGGAGAGACGACAGGAUUCUGGAAACAUGGAGUUUGGCAACCUCGACCCCGUACAGAACAGGAAAUGCGCCAACACAGAGGCGGCAAUGGGCCACGCCGCCAACAACGACGACAAGGACGCAUGCUGAAGUACUUCAACGGUGAAUGGAAACCUGCGUGGCUUGAGGAGUACAAAAAACAGAAGAUGGCGAGAGAGGCAAUGCGUGCAACCUAUGCUGGGGUGAUUGUUGAGGAGGAGGUGAACGCUGAUGUUGGGGAGACUGCUGAGGAGGAUGUGAACAUUGCGGCCUCUUCGUCCUCUACUACAAACCACUUGGCGACCAACCUCGACGUGCCCCAGGAGACCCAGCAGCCCUUGAUCCAGCAGAUGGAGGAGAAUGCAAAGGAUGAAGAGGAUGAGACUGACUCCAUGGCUAUGAUGCAGCUGAGGAAUGCAGAAAUAGCAAGGCUCCAAGAACAAGGUGUGCCUCGCCAAACCAUCGCCCAGUUGGAGAAUUUCAUGAACCAGCUGCACGCCAGACAGGAAUACGAGGGAAUUGGACCGGAGUCCCGCUGGGCCAUCGCUCGCAUGCUACGUCGUGGCAUUGAGGCGGAGCAAGCCUUCGAGGCCAUUCUUGAU